CUUGAGGCCCGCUCGCGCGCAGGACCGGCCCAGUUCCCAGCGGGCUGGAACUGACUGUGCUUCCGGCCCGUCUCUAGAGUCGGCUGAUUUGGUGUCUUGUGUUCUGGUGUGUGGCGCCCCCUGAGCGAGCUUUGAGGGGACGUACCCUUCUCUCUGAGCCGCCGGUUUCACAUCGGUUGGAGGAAACGGGAACUUGGGGAUGGAGUGACGCGCCCCAGCGCCCCGUUCUUGCGCCACUCUCCAGGCCCUAACGCCUCUGCCUUGGAUUUAGGAUGUUCUCGUUAGGAAAUCCACAGAGUUGUUAUUUUGCUUUAGGUGCUGAUUCGGUUCCCAGCCGGACCCUUCCAGCCCCGUUGGUGCCUGGGGAGAGGGGGUGACAUCUGGGGCUCCGACAAUUGUAUGGUCCUUUCCCAGGCCGAGCCUCGGAGUAAUUUGUUCCCGUUGAUUUUUCCUUCUUUGUCAAAUUCUCUGCAGUUAUUUGUGACGAUUGGUGACAAAGUCCAGUUUUCAACAAUGCUGAAAUCAAAUGAUUGCUUGUUUUCCUUGGAUAAUUUGUUUUUUGAAAAACCAGAUGAAGUUGAAAACCAUCCAGAUAAUGAAAAGUCAUUGGAUUGGUUUCUCCCUCCUGCUCCAUUGAUUUCAGAAAUUCCAGAUACUCAGGAAUUAGAGGAAGAAUUAGAAAUUCAUAAACUGUUAGGUCAGGAAAAGAGGCCAAAAAUGUUAACAUCAAAUUUAAAGAUUACUAAUGAAGACACGAAUUAUAUUUCACCAAAACAAAAAUUCCAAUUUGCCUUUCCUUCUGAUAAAUAUGAACAGGAUGAUCUAAAUUUAGAAGGGGUAGGUAAAAAUGACUUAUCACAUGUUGCUGGCAAGCCGACAUAUGGUUCUCAGAAAUAUAAAAAUCACAUUGGCACUGAGAUAGCACCUGAGAAGAGCGUUCCUGAUGAUACAAAAUUAGUUAAUUUUGCAGAAGAUAAAGGAGAGAGCACAUCAGCGUUCCGGAAAAGAUUAUUUAAAAUAUCUGACAAUAUACAUGGGAGUGCUUAUUCCAAUGUCAGUGAAUUGGACUCUCACAUUGGCUCCGUGAAAAUUGUACAAACAGAAAUGAACAAAGGGAAAUCAAGGAACUAUAGCAGUAGUAAGCAGAAAUUUCAAUAUUCUGCAAAUGUGUUUACAGCAAAUAAUGCUUUUUCUGCUUCUGAAAUCAAAGAAGGCAUGUUCAAAGCACCAUCUUUUCCAGUUGCUUUCCAGCCUCACGAUAUUCAAGAGGUAACAGAAAAUUGUUUAGGUUCCUUGAAGGCUGUCACAGAAAUUCCGGCAAAAUUUAGAAGUAUUUUCAAAGAAUUUCCAUAUUUCAACUAUAUACAGUCCAAAGCCUUUGAUGAUGUAAGUAUUUUAUUUAACUUAUUUAUUUUUCUACCUUUCACUAGGUUGUAAUCACUAGAUUGGGACAGCUGGGAUUUACUAGAUCUUUAUGUUUGCACUGCCACACUCAGUGUCUAGCACAUUAUA